AAAAGAGCGAUGAUCAAGAACCUUUGUUGCAAAUCGCAAAAUAAGUCUAAACAUAGCUCCCCUAAAAAUAAGACCACUGAAUCAGAAGGCUUGCGGGGGAAAUGGCCCCAAAGGAGGGUGCUGGAAAAAGACCCAACAUCCAUACCACCCACCCUCAGUCUGCUGGAUCUGUUGCACUUCCGCUUCCUUUCCAGACCAAUUAUCGAAGCCUGUCAAGCGGAGGAAGCGCCAAAGGAAGGAAGAAGCGCCAAAGGAAGGAAGAAGCGUCAGGAUUGGGGAUUGGGCUCCUGGCACUGUCACUUCUGACGGUAUUCUGACAGAACACAGCCUCGCCUGCGCUUAAAGCGGCCCAGCGAAGGAACCAACGAAUCCGAAGGAAGAGAUGGGAUGGGGGUUUAGCAACUUCAUGCGAGUGAAAGGAAUUGUCACCGUGACCAUAGUUUUGGGUGGCCAGUUGGGGACCAUGUUUGUUGGAGGUCAGAGCACCAGGAGUGAGAAGGCUGGUUGGUUGGUGAGAGUAUGAGGCGGGGGCAAGCGGUGUGAUUGAGGGGUGCGCGCUUGCCGAAACGGCUCGAGUUCACUGGAGAGUGCUCAGAGGGAGAGGAGGGAAGAGUUGAGGUUUGGAAUUUUGAUCUGUCCGAAGACAGUGGUAAAAGCUAGAAGGGAGACCAAAGGCAUGAGACGACCUUUUACAGUUGUUGGAAGGAACAAGCGCAGCCCUUACGAGUUACUCGUUGGGCCUGGUUGCAUAAGGCUGUGUAUUUA